AUGGCGAUGGGCCAUAAGCAGCGCAUGAUUCAAUCCCACGCCAAUGGCGACGUUUCCAAGACUCGGCAGAUCUCGGCGGUCUUCGGGAUCAUCGGACUUGGAAAUGGGACCUCCUCCAACCUCACCGCCAAUUCACAGCGCUCACCCUCGCUUGACACUCUGAUUUCUGCCCCUGCUCCACUCUUGGAAAGCCUAGUCAUUCGAAAUCCCACCGUCGACCUGGACUUGGGAGAUGAUUUCCUUGCAGGAUAUGUGCCCCGCUUGCGGCGACUACAGCUUGAUCAUCAUAUGCAGUCUCUUCCCAUGUUCCUCCUUCCCAAUCUCACUCAUCUCGAGAUUGAGAGAACGUCCAUGAUAGAAGAAAUGAUUACGACACUUCGAUGGACACCGCUUCUGAAAACCCUUUCCUGCGGUCUCUACGACUCCCCCUCCUCUCAGACAAUUCACGAUUUCAUCCAUCUUUCCAACCUCUCACAUUUGUGGUUGAUAGGAACGGAGGUAUACGACGGCUUCACCUACUUCUUCCGACGAGUGCGAUUGCCCCCGACGGUGCAUAUCAAGAUUCUACUCAACAACUACACAAGCAGGAACACAGAGGAAGCGAAGGUUAUGUUUGAUAUGCUGGGCAGUUAUCCUCCUCCUAGGAGUAGCGUUACCCCAUUCACACAUCUCAAGAUAAAGAUAUGGGGACAUCAGAGCCCGCUCUUUGAUGGUCGACUGUGCUCUCAACGGGCUUUUGACCGUUAUGAACCACAAAGACCAUUUCCAGGACCGCACGGCAGGUACAAGUACAAUUUUACAUACGACCUCCUUCCUCAAGCCCAACUCGAUUUUAGUGGAAUCUCCCCACACAGUGAUCGCUCUCUCCCCAUGUUGGCCGUGCGGUCGAUAUUUGAUCGUAUGCCCUUAGCAGACGUACACACAUUGGAUCUGUCUGUUGAUCUAUCAUCGAUGUCCGCCGACGAGGAUGACAAGGGCGAGUCCAGGGCACAAGCUUGGGAUCCAUUAGAAUGGCUGCCUAUCCUUCGUCUCAUGCCACGCGUCCGAAGCCUCAAAUUAUCCCAGGACGCUGUCGUUGGAGUUCUCAGGGCCCUCACACCCGGAAGGAGCGAUGGCUCGAUCACACCUCUUUGGGUCUGCCUUUCAACGCUCCUUGUUGACAGCACCUUCACUGAUGUUUUAGGCGAGCGCCAGUCAUCGUCGGCUGUUCCUGGGACUCUGACAACGUUUCUUGCGCAAAGGAGUGAGGCGGGGCUGGAUCACAUUGCUUGCAAUGUCUCUCCUCAAGCAUGA